AAGACAGCCUCAUUGAUUACACACAGUCUUCCUUAUCUUCCCUCUACGCAGAGCAGAGAGAGCACACUGUUCCGUUGGUCGACGUCUUAAAGUUUUCCCUGCGAAAUCGAAGAAUGGGAAGGGUUAAGCUGAUGAUAAAGCGGUUAGAGAGCAGUAGCAACAGGCAAAACACAUACUCGAAGAGACGAAGUGGGAUUUUGAAGAAAGCCAGAGAGUUGUCUGUAUUGUGUGAUAUUGAUAUUGUUCUUCUUAUGUUUUCUCCUACCGGAAGGCCUACCGCGUUACAUGGACAUCAUAGAUGUAUUGGAGAUGUUAUUUCCAAGUUUGCGCAGUUGACUCCUCAAGAAAGGUCAAAACGAAAACUGGAGAGCCUUGAGUCCCUCAAGAAGACUUUUAUGAAACUGGAUCAUGAUGGUAAUAUAAAUGAGGUCUUCUUAGGUGCAAGGAAUCAAACUAUUGAGGUAAAGGUUCUGACUAACCAAGUAGCGUUUUUUCAAGCUCAGGUUAUGGAGUGUCACAAGAGACUGAGCCGUUGGACAGAUAUUGUUAGAACUGAAAACAUCGAGCAUCUGGAGCAUUUAGGGGUAUCAUUAGGAAAUUCUAUUGAAAGAGUUCAGAUUCACAAGGAACAUUUCAGAAAGAAUCAACUGUUAUUAGUAGAAUGUACAACAACACAGUUUCAUAGUGGGAUAUCAUCACCUUUGGUAGUAAAUGGCAUUCAAGAAAAUCAUUUAAUCUCAUGGCUUCCUGAUUACAGUUACCAACAAAUGAUCAUACCUGCUGACUCAAGUUUUCUUCCUCAUUGUGAGAUGGAACAUACUGCAACUGCAUCACUUCCGGUUUACUCAAGCUUCUGCGAGUCUAGAAUUCAAGAAGAUCAGAAUUGCAACCUUGAACAACAAUUUGACCGCUUAAGAGAAGAAGGCAAUGUGUUAAACGAACUAAACGGAAACAGCUGCUCGAGUCUGCAACUCGGCAAAGAGUAUUCAUAUCUUACACAAUUUGGUAUGCAAGAAGAGAAGAAGUUACAAUCAGGUUUUGAGUUUAACUUCCAACAAGAUCUCUCUAUGUAUCCUGUUAGCAACAGCUUCCAAUCCCCUGAUCAACCAGUGUUUGCUGCUACUGAUCAUCAUCAAACUUGUAGUAACCCAGUGUUUGACCACUCUGAUAACAAUCAGCAAUCAGAUUGACUCGGAAGAGGUCAUGAGUAAUAAUAUCUCUGUCUUGUGAUCAAAGAUUAGUUUUGAGUUACUGUAGCAAUGUACAUACAAGUCUUUGUGUGUAUAUGUAUACUAUAGCGUACAUGUCUGCGUAUGUGUGUACACGUACAUGAUAUUCAGCAGAUUUGUGUAUAUCUAUGUGUGUGUCUCAGUGUAUUAAAUAAUACAACACUAGUACUUAAAAAAAAGAAGUGUUUUAAUU